AUUUUGAUUGAAUUUUUGUGUGUUUUAUACAUCGGUAUUUUUUAGUUGCAAAUUUCAUAUGUUAUUUUUGGCAUUUUAAGAUUGCUUAUCUUUUAUUAGUGGCGUUUGUGCUUAUAAUUUAAUGUUGGUGAUUUCUACAAUUUCGAUAAAAUAACUGGACACAACUUUUGAUUAAAAUAAAAUAGCCGUCAGUGAUUUAGUUGUAUGCACACAAAAUUGGAGGCGAUACACCAUAAGAAACUCCAUUAGACAUGUCUUGGGUACCAUCAACGGACUUCGAAGAGGAAAUUGUUGAUUCUCAACCGGAUCAUAAUUUUAUUUUUGGUCAACUAUGUGAACCAACACAACAAACUUUUUAUCCUCGUCCCAAAGCACAUUUGGAGUUUGUAGCGCAACAGAAAUCUGCAAAAAAUAAACGAGAAAGCGCGUUAACAAACACGCAAAAUCAUAAAUUGAAUCUUAUUGCUAGAGUACAACGUAUUGCUGGAACUAAACCAUUGGGUGAACAACCGACCAUUAAUGAUUGGAAUGACAAUGACAAUGUGGAACGCGAAGCGAUCGCUUUGAUGAGACAUGUUGGCCUGGGACCUAGUUUGGAACAACCAUUAGACGACGCAUGCACUAUAGCCACACAUCCCAUAACGGAGGAGAUUAAAAUAAAUAGAAAUGGUCGUAAACAAAUGCCGGUAUUUUUUGAUGAGAAAUUUUUCGAAUUGAAACCACGUGUGUCGCAAUCAUCUUCAUCUUCUGGCAACAAUAGCCCCAUCAUUGAAGACGCUACCAACAACAUUAACGAUUCUUGCUCGUCACAGAAGAGCAGUAGCAUUUCCACAUCAAGUGACUUAUUAAAUGAUAGCUCUACUGAUUCUCCAAAUAGUGGUUUUGAGAGUGCAAUAGAUAUUGUUGGAGAUGAGGAAAGUUUUGAGACCGCACAAAGUAGUGAAAAUUGUUACAAAUCGCACAAUUGGAGAGGCGAACAAAAUACACAAAAUUGGCGCAAUAAUGACACAUAUAUUAAGAGCCAAUCGUGGAGGAGUACUAAAUCAACAUAUGCAAAUAGUAAUGGGAUUUAUAAGGAAAGCGCAAAUAAUGUAUAUAAUUGGCGUUCAUCAACCGAAAAUCCGCGCAGUAAAGAAAAGAGAAGUCAAAAGAAAUCACCUUUAUUAUGUUCACCAAAAGAAUUGUAUGAAAAGAAACGUCAAAUGAGUUAAAAUCCACAAAAAAUAGCAAGCCAAAAAUAUAUUUUUAAAAGGUGUGAAAAUCAUAAUCAAAAUUAUUGAAACUUGAAACUUCAGAUGUAAAAAAAUGAUAAAAGAAAUUUUUAGAAGUGUAUGUUUGUAAUAUAAUAUAAUAAAAUCUAACUGCCAAAUGUUAUAUUAUAAACAUGCUACUACUUGCCGAUCCAAACAGAGUUGCAGGCUUUUCUGUAUACCGAGAUUAAUAGCCAGAGUUAAUUCAAAUCACAGUCUAAAGGAUCAGCAACUAUACACCGGUAUCCAUACAUAAUAGGGGUAUAAAUUUCUUAUAGUUGACACACCUUACUGCCUUCCCUAAAUAAAAGCGUCAGCGGCAAAUGACUGUCAAAAAAUUCUCAUGCCCAUACAAUUUGUAUGGCGUAUACCGAAAUAACGCGACGGCUACGAUGAGCGGUUAAAAUUUUCUAUUUUGACAGAGCGUUCCGAAGUAAAGUUGGCUGCGAAAAACAAAGUUCCUCUGUACAAUAAAAUUUCACAACAACAAUUCAAAUAAACAUUUUGAUAUUUGACGUAAAGUAGCCGCUUUUAUUUAGGGAUCGACGUUAACGCUGAGCAUUAAAAAACGUUCCGCCAACGCUUUUAUUUAGGGAAAGCAGUUAUGGUAUUUAGUAACUAUUUAUGCAUUGCAUGACUUCAUUCCACAUUGUACAAAUAAUAAUAAUUAUAUUGCAUAAUUUCUUCGUGCAUACGGUUGUAAAAUUAGCCUUAAUCGAUUUUAUAAAUCAACCAACUUUCUGAUAAAUUUAAUUUUUUAAUUACAAAAUCUGACAGUUUGAUAAUUCUUAUGAAUCCUCCAUUAAUAAUUUCAUUUUGUUUAACGCUGCCGUUACACGGGAAAGAACUUGCUUUCAAGUUGAUCACACGAAUUAAUUGUCAAAAUUGGCAUAAAUUGAAAGCCGUGACGUAGGCUGCAGGCAACUUGAUAUUCAAUUAUUGUUACAGAGAUGUCUUCAAGGAAACUACUUCCAUUUAUCGCCAAAAUGGAUUCACAAGUCUUUAUUUUUAAAUCAAUCUGUAGAUACGUUGGAAGAUUCACGUUCCAUAAAAUGCAUUGUUUGUGUACAAUUUUGUAAAAGGGAAUAAUUCACUAAUUUCAACUGUAUUCGUCAUUAAUUUUAAAAUUUUAAUACUUGUAAUUUGAAAAUUGGAAAACUCUACACUUGGCUGGUCAUUUCUUGAUCAUUAACACUUCUUCUUAACACUCGCAAAAAUUGAAAGCAAGAUGGCUUUCUAAUUCGGAAAAUGAGAGUGUGGUAGUAAAAAAGUGUGAGUGUGUGGCAACUUGAAAGCAAUUUAUUUCCCGUGUAACGUCCGGGUAAAGUAAAUGAUUGAAUAACAAACUAUUUUCUAAUAGAUUUGACACUUAUUUGAAUUCUUAUACAAAGCCGAGAGAAAAAUUAAGCACCUCAGUAGUAAUAUUUUAUAUGGCAAACAUAUAUAAAUAUACAUAUGUACAUUCAUUCACCUAUCUCACCUUUACCCAGCUAAAUCCACUCACCUAACACACCUAACGAGGUCAAAUCCUCUCUAUAGCGUCUGAAUCGUUGAAACAGUUCGUUUCUUGUACCUCCCGUUAGAUGACUUCGAUGGCAAUUAAUUUGUCUAUCCUUCCAGGCAAAGUCUAGAAUAUACACAUAAUUUGGUAUAAUUGAGUAUCAAGUCUUUGAAGUAGAGCUCUUGGUAUUCGACUAAUCGACUAACCGAAUUAACCGAAUAGGGCAUUAUUCGAAUAAUAAUAUUCGGUUUGCACUAUUCGGAUAAUCAUCAGUCAUCGACUAUUCGAUUAACUGCUCAUUUCCGACUAUUCGGUUAAACGUUCGUUGUCGACUAUUCGAAUAGUGUAAGUUCAUUCAAUUUCUAUUUUUAUUGAAAAAAAGUGAAACGCAGGAAAAAUGCGCACAACUGACAUUUUCACAAGUAAAAACUAACAAAAAUCAAAGGCUGCUUGGAUUUCAAACAAUUUUCAUUUAUUCGAAUAGUGACAGUAUAACUAUUCGGGAAAAUGGGGGGGAAAAUCUUGAUUUUCUGUAUUAUUUUUACUGAAUUCUUGGUAUACGUUUGUAGUAGUACAAUGUCUAAUCUGUAAAAUCAGCUCAAGCACAUAAAAAAAUACUAAUAGUUGUCAACUUAUUGACAUUUUACGCGUUUUUUUUUUUCAAAGAGGCUUGCUGUGACUACCAUUUCAGCCCAUCCAUUCAACUGAAAGCAUAAAACACCAAAGAAAUUGUUAGUAGUGUCCUUGAAUGAUUCAUUGAAAUGAGAUAAAAAGGUUACUUUUUUAAACUGAUAAAAUACAUUACAUUUAUAUGAAAAUUUAAACAAAAAAAUCCAAUCGUUCAAGGACACGGCAAAUAAAUUACGAACAAUUUGAAAAAAAAAGUUGAAAUCGGUUAAAAACUAUUUCGGCAAACCAAAUCACCACAACGACGUUUUCGGAAAAACAUGAUUUCGAGUUAAUCGCAUUUAAACUUUCAAAUACAUUUUUGUCUAGUGUAGCGGAGCUGGAUGCAAAACGCUAUAACUUCGCUUCUACUGCUUAAAUAUCUAU